AUGGCUGCCGCUGCACAAGCUAUAGGUGAAGUCUCAGAUACUCUACAUAGGUAUAAAGAGGAACAGGAAUCACGACAGAAUUGUCAGGCAGAAUCUACAGGAAACAGUGACUGCAGUAUUUUCCUCGUCAUUGCCGGACUUGACACUCUCACCGAGGGAGUCGUCCGCGCUUCCUCCAUCGUCAGAGGGACAGCCAUACUGUCAAAUAUACUGCGGACUUUGACACAGUUGUCACGAAUGCAUAGCCCUUAUAUAUCCGUGAUGCUUAUCAAUACUAGUGGUCUUGGGACGAUGACGUCCAGCACGCACGUUACCCCAGGUCAGAUGCAGCAAAGGAGAAAUCCAGGGAAUAACCCGCAGACUUCUCGCGAGGAGGGCCUUCACUCUAUAUUCCACGCAAGUGAGAGGUUGUUUCCUAGUCUCCUUAUGCGAACAUUGGAGCAGGGAAUCGAUGUUCAUCUUCUAUUAUCGACUGUCAAGCCAGCACACGUCGUUGAAGUCAUCAAAGAUAGGGUAGGCAACGGUGUUGGACGAUGGUGCAUCUGGGACAAACGAAUAAAUUGA